AUGGCGAAUUUUUCAGAUGAUACCAUGGCCUCCAUCAAUUACUUUGAUAUCACUAAUUUACCACUUCCAAAUAUUACAAUGGAUCAGUCAGUUCCAACGAUAAAUAGUGCCAGUCUUAAAACACCGGGCAAGACAUCUCCACUAGGAAUUAUGAGUAGUCAAGGCAUUGGAGGACCCGGCAGAACAAUGAAGGAAUGCGAGGAUCAUCUGGGAAUCCUCAAAAAAGAAAAUUUUAAUUUGAAGUUACGAAUUUACUUUCUUGAAGAACGCAUGGGGAUAACCUCUGCUGACGAAGAUGCUAUUAAAAAAAAUAUUGAACUUAAGGUUGAAAAUGAAUCUUUAAAAAAAGAACUUAUUGAGAAGCAGGAACUUCUUAGUCAAGCAGCAAAAGCCAUCGAGCUUAUUGAAGAGCAGAAACAAGUAUAUGCUCGAAAUGAAACUCAGUAUCAACAGACUCUUGAACAAGAACGAGAAAGAGUAAAUAAACUUGAAAAAGAACUUGAAGAUAAUAGAUUAAAAUUGACCGAUAUCACUUAUUAUGAAGAAACUUUCGGAAUUACACCAGAAAAAGCUUUGGAAUACGAAGAAAAAUUACACAAAGUAGAAGAGAUUAAAUCUUCUCUAGAAUCUGAAUUAAAACAACUAUCAGCUAGUUUAGAAGAGGAGAGAAACUGGGCGCAAGAGUUGGAGAAUGAAAGAGAUCAAUUGAAAAAUCGUUUAGAGUCAAAAAUCCUAUGUAAAGAAAAGUUAUCAUUAAAGAGAGAUCGUGAAAUGGAAGUUUUAAGUGAAAAAUUAAAAGUAUUAGAAGAGCAAGCUUUCAAGACAGAGAAUUUAUUACAACAAUUUAAAAAAGAAAUUAUAGAAAAGAAUAAAAUAAUCGAUCAGAAAAGUGUUUCGCUCGAAGAAAAAAGUAAAGCUUAUGACGAAGUUUCUGAAGUAGCUGAGAAACGAAAAAAACAAAUAGAUCAAUUAAGAUUAUCUAUCAAAUCAAGAGAUGAUGCUCUCACAGAUUUGAACAGUAAAAAUCGCUCUCUUCUAUCCCAGUUUGAAAAUAAUUCCACAAAGAGGAGUUUGUCAUCUGAUAGUCAAUCAACAUUUAUGGAAGAGUCACAAAACUUUAGAAGGAUAUGUAGCUUGAACAGUCCUACAAAGAGUUUUUAUAGUUCAUCAGAUUUGAAACCUAGCAUAGAACGAACUAGAGGUAGCUGUGAUUUCAACAAUGGUUUUGAUAAAAAAGACAUUCAAGAGUUAAAAAAAGAAUUAGAUGAUAGGGAUCGAGAUAUUAAAAAAAAAGAAGAAACAAAGAAACAGUUAAUGCUGAAGCUUUACAGCGUUCAGCAAUCUGCUGAUGUAACCGAUCAGAAAUUAAAGAAAUUAGAAAUUGACCACAAGAAAGCAAUUCAAAUGAUUCAAGGCUUUCUAAAACGUCAUGAACAACUCGAAGAUAAACAAGCCAAAAAAGAUAGGAGAAUCAUGGACUUAGAAGUUGAAGUUAGCAGAUUACAAAAUGAAAAUACAAAGGCUGGUAGAAGCAGUAUCAGUACUUCAAUGCGAAAAAAUUCUAGCAAUGAACUAAUAGAUGGUCCCGAACGUGAUCACAAUACGCAGCAACGAUUUGAGGAAAUGGAAAGCAAAAUCAAUGAUCUCCAAAACCAAAUUGCAGCAAUGAAAGCAGGGAAAAAUAUAUUAGAAAAAAGGAUACAAAUUGAAACUGACGAAUUACUUGAUAGAUUACAAGAUAAAGAUCUAAAAAUUGAAAGUCUUCAGUAUGAAAAGAAUUUUAUAAAAGAUCAAUUACAAACCCAGAAUGAAGAGUUGUACAAAUUAAAAGAAAUCUGUAAUCGAAUAAAUGAAAAAUCAAAAGAUUUAAUUAAUAUAGAUGAUCUUCGAAAAGAAUUAAUUGAAAAAAAUUUGGAACUUGAAGAAAGAAAAAAUCAGAUUGAUCAUUUAACUAAAGAAUUGCUAAUAAAAACGCAAAAUUUACAACAACUAGUAAAUACUGAAUUAUGGAGUAAAAAUAAGGAGAUUGCUAAAUUACAUAACCAUAUAACAUCAUUUCGAUAUCUAGGAAAAAUUAUGAAUAAGUCAGAUAUUACUGAAUAUAGUGCUAUAUAUCAAUUAAAUGCUCUCAUAAAAGAAUUAAAUAAUAUCGGUAUUCAAGUUUCAUUAAUGAAUGAUAUUAUACAACUUAAUUAUAUUAAUUCUGAUAAAUCUAAGAAUGUUUUAACAAUAACUAAUUAUAUACAUAAACUUGUUAUCCAAAAAAAUGAAUUAGAAAAAGAAGUCGAUUAUUUGAAAUGGUUGAAGUUUAUUUCAAAACCUAUUAAUAAAAUAGAUAAUGAAAUUUGCAAUUCUAUAGGUAAUGGGAAUAAACACUAUUAUGUUUUAAAAUCUCAAUUAAAAAAACUUGUUAAAUUUAUGAAUGAUAUGUUGAAGAGUACCGACCAAACAAUUGAUAUUGUAAAUAGUAGACAAAAGAUUGUAUUCGAUGUGCUUAUAAAUUCCAAGACUUUUUCAGACAAUUUCAUGAAUACUUUUGAAGGAAUAAUAUUUAAUGAAUCGAAUAAUGGUGCAAACUUUGACAAGGUUGAUAGAAUUGUUCGAACAGAUAGAAUGGGCGAAUCUGAUAAUUUUAUAGAAUAUCGACCUCAAUUUUUAACUACAUCAAAUUCAGAGACUUUUUCUAAAUCAGAUAAAAUGGUAUUAUUAGCGAAAAUGGAUCUAUUGAAUAUCGAGAAGAAAUUUAUAGAUAAACCAAUUUCUUGCAAGUUCUUAGAAACUUUCAGUGACUCUGGAAACUCUAUAAAUUACUACACAUGUCAUGGAAUUUAUCAGAGUGAUGUUAAUGAAAAAAACAACUUUUUAUACUCUGAAUUAAAUGUCUUAAGAAACGGAAUGAUAAAAAAUAUAUUCGAUGAUGUGAAGAAAACUAAAUUAUCGAUGUUGCUUACUGAAAUUAAAAACGCAUGUGGUUAUUGCGAGAAAUUGCAAAACACCAUUGCUAAAGAAAUUCUUAAAUGCCCUAGUUUUAAAAAAGAGGGUAAACAAAAUAGUCAUAAAAUACAAUUAGGAAAUAAACAUUUGGACGUAGAAAAUAUAUCUAUAGUAAACUCCAAUCAAAAAGUUGAACUUUUUCAAUAUAAAAAUAAUACUGAUAGAAAAGCAAAUAAUACCAUAAAUAGUGAAAAUGAAGUGUUGAGAGCUAAAAUAAUGAAACUAGAUGAAGAAAAUAAAGAAACGAAAACAAUUAUUUUAAGACUUACAAAAGAAUUGGAUCAUCUUACUUUAAAUCAUAGUCAAAUAUUAGUUGAAAAUACAAAACUAACCAACGAAAAGCUUAGAUUAGAACAAGAUAUAAGAAAAUCAGAAAAUGGCUAUGAUAUAAGAAUUCAAACACUUAGAAAUAAAUUUUACAAGGAAGUAUCAGAUUUAAACCAAAUCAAUGAAUUGUAUAAAGCUAAAAUACAAGAACUUGAAAUAAUUAACAAAAAAAUUCAAAGAAAUGUAAUUGUCUGUGAAACUAGUGAUUCUACACCAAGUUCAAGUGGUAUUUCAUCUUUUCCAUUUAAUAUUUCAACGAAACAAAUAUGUGAAGAUAUUCAUGAAUAUAAUACUCAUAAGAAAUCUCAUUAUUGGUUACCAGUACCUUAUACAACAUUCAGUGACUUGAAUAAAUCAAGCUGCUCUCCAGAUUUAGGUAUUGAGAGUGACGCAAUAGUAACAUCGAUAAGACCGUUUAAAGAUACUUUAAAAAUUACCGAAUCUAUGACCAAUUUGCUCAGCGAUGAUGAAAAUUAUAACAUUGAGAAAUUUCAAAGCAUUGAUGGUAGUAACUUACUAAAUAUAGAAGAUCUUGAAGUUCAAACGUUAAAACAAGAAAACGUUGUAUUAAAAAAAAGAUUAAUAAAAACAAGAAGGGCACUCGAAGAUACAUUUCAACAUUUGUCUGCGUCAAAUAAAAACAAAAAAAAUGUUGAGAAAGCAAUCACAAAACAACUUAUGAUCACAAAAAGUAUUCUUAAAAAAACAAGGAAUUAUGAGGAUAUGUAUCGCAAAAAAUGAUAUUUAAAAUACGAAAAAGAUCUUAGUCUAUACUUGUUCUGCAUGUACGAUAAAUGAAGUUUCUGUUUAAAAUAUUUGUUUUAGUAUU